GCAUAGAGAUGUAGACAGUGACCUAAUCUAAUGUAUCAAGUACAUUGAGUUGUUUCAUCCUAGAGCUUGAUUGACUCCAAACUCCAUUUUUUUAACAGCAUAUAUAGUAUGUUGAAGAAUACCAAUAGACUAAAGUCACCUGGGUUGAACACGUUUAAUAGUUUGAGGUGCCACCUUUGGUAAAAAGCUAGAAUAGAAAAACGCAUUCAUUUAUUGGAGGUAUUUUCUUGGUAUUUUUCUUUGGGAAGUGAAGAUGUGGCUGGUACCACAUAUGUUUCCACAUUUCUACUCGUCUUGAAUAAGGAAAAAUGAAUGGAUGUGGGUCAGCACACGCCACUCUUCACAUGCCUACUUCUUUUCACAUUGAAAAAUGGGGUUCUCUUAUCCUGAGAUUUAUCAGAGGCAAUUCUCAAAACUUCAACCAUUGACUCUUUUCUGGGUGGUUGAGAUGGAUUUUCAUGUGGCCUACUGUCUAUCAAAGACCCCGGUUGGAUUAUCUAGCUUGUCUUCAUUUACACGAAAUACAGGAAUGGAGAUGCUUUGGCCAUUCAUGACCAGUGAUACCCAACCAGACAGUUAAAAGUCAACACAAGAAAAUUAACAAAGAUGAUUACUUUUCACUUGAAGACUCGUUCACCUCCAGUAUCACUUCUCUUUUAAACUCACCUUUCUCCAGACCUGAGGCAAAUUAUGAAGUCAGCCAAAUGUUUCACCAACUCUCUCGGCCACUCCAGCUUCUCCUUCUCGCCUUCAUGACUGUCAUCUUCUUAGUUUUUCCAGUACCUUUAUGGGCUAGCGAUGUGCGAUACACAGAGUGCGGUCGUCCAGUCCAAUGCGGAAGCAUCCAAAAUAUUGCCUACCCUUUCUGGGGGAGUCCCCGGCCACCAUACUGUGGCCUUACAGAGUUCAAGAUCGAGUGCCAAGACGAAGUCCCAGUGAUACAGAUUAUGUCUGAAAGCUUCCGGGUGUUGAAAAUCAAUCAUGACAAUCAUAUUCUGAGGCUUACUAGGCUAGAUUUAUAUAACGGUACUUGUCCCUCAAGAUUCUUGAACACCACCAUGAAUUACCUGUUUAGUUAUUCUCCCCAUUUCGGGAACCUCACCCUCUUCUUUGGUUGCUCAUCUGCAAGUCCAGCCUUGGCCUCAAAUAAAUUUAGCUGUCGCAGAAAUAAUACAUCCAGUAUUGAAACUGGCUAUUUCACAAUUGGCUCCAUUCCAACUGAUGGAAACCUUGGCAAUUGUAAUGUUAGUAUCACUGUUCCCGUGCUUCCAUCAGCAGUGUCGGCUCUCAUAAACAAUUCGGCAUCUCUGGAACAAGUUUUGAAUGAUGGAUUCGAAGUGCUAUGGAUUAUUGACGACACAGCUUGUUCAGAAUGUAUGGGAUCUGGUGGGCGGUGCGGAUAUAAUACUAGUCAUUUCCAACCCAUCUGUUUUUGCUCUGAUCAACCUUAUCUAUUGCGGUGUCCAGCCCUACCGGGCACAACUGUACAAGACCACAAGCCUGAUGUGGGAAUCUUGAUUCUUAUAGCUGCAUUGUUGUUUGGGGUUUGCAGUAUUAUGGUGGUAGCAGUUUUUAUAUGGAGCUUAAGAAGAAAAUCUUCAUCAAAUACAUGGAGAGUCUUUUGGAAGAAAACAAGGAAUUCUCAAAAUGUAGAGGCUUUUCUAGAAAAAUAUGCAUCCUUGGCUCCAAAAAGAUAUAGUUAUUCAGAUGUGAAGAAAAUGACCGACUCAUUCAGAAAUAAAUUAGGCCAAGGAGGCUAUGGCAUUGUGUACAAAGGAAACCUACCUGAUGGUCAUCUAGUGGCAGUGAAGGUCUUGAGUGAGCCCAAAGGCAAUGGAGAAGAGUUUAUUAAUGAGGUUGCCAGCAUUAGUAGGACAUCACAUGUAAAUAUUGUAACCCUUCUAGGCUUCUGCUUUGAGGGACACAAAAGAGCUCUCAUCUAUGAGUUCAUGCCCAAUGGAUCACUCGAGAAGUACACAUAUGAUGAGAAUAAACCAAGGAAAAUGCCCCCCCUAGGAUGGGAAAAAAUCUAUCAAAUUGCAAUUGGCAUUGCUCAUGGUUUAGAGUACCUACACAGUGGCUGUAAUACCCGAAUACUCCAUCUGGAUAUCAAACCACAAAGCAUCCUUCUAGACCAAGAUUUCACCCCAAAGAUAUGCGACUUUGGUCUGGCAAAACUGUGCCCCACCAAAGAGAGCUCCAUGUCAUUGUUGAGUGCAAGAGGAACAGUGGGGUAUGUUGCACCAGAAGUAUUCUCAAGAAACUUUGGAGUAGUCUCCCACAAGUCUGAUGUUUAUAGUUUUGGAAUGAUGAUUCUAGAAAUGGUUGCAGGAAGGAAGAUCAUUGACACUGGAGCCAGCUGCAGCAGUGAAAUAUACUUUCCACACUGGAUCUAUAAGCAUCUGGAGCUCGAAGAUGAUCAUCUAAAGCUGCAACAUAACUUCAGUGAAGGAGGGGAACCAGUUGCAAGAAAGAUGAUUUUUGUGGGGUUGUGGUGCAUACAGACCAAUCCAGCAAAUCGACCUUCAAUACAUAAAGUAGUAGAUAUGUUAAAAGGUAGUCAUGAAGAUCUUCAAAUCCCACCCAAGCCUUUUCCUUCUUCUCCUGUAAGAACACCACCAGGUACUCCAACUACAUCCUCUACCAAUCUUUUCCAAAGUAGUGAUGAAUGUACCUCUACUAUCACAUUGGCAUAAGCCAUUUAUUAUGUAAGCAAAUGUAGAAUUCUCUCUUUGAAAGAGCAAAACUUGACUGUACAUGUUAGAGAAAAUUGAGAUUGCUUUACUAGUUAUAUCAUAUAUGGGAGGAGAAUCAACAUCUUGUCAA